UCGCCACUCCCAAGAUGGCGCCGUUUCCAACUAUGUCCCUCCCGCAUAGGAUCGCUGCCGGACUCCCACCACUCCCCGCGACACCCCGGCCGAGACGUCCCUCGCCACGGCGCCAAGAUGGCGGCCGGCCAUACGGUCUGAGUAAUCCGCUUUCUGACCACUUAAAAUGGCGGCCUCGGGGCGGGGCCUCCGGGCGCGGGGCACGCUGGGAGCCGGCGCGCGGGACGCCGGGAACGGGGCGGAGCGCGGCCGCGCCGGCGCGUCGAGUGGGAGAGGCAGCUGCUGCGAUGGACGUUUUCCUUAUGAUCCGGCGCCACAAGACCACCAUCUUCACGGACGCCAAGGAGUCGAGCACCGUGUUGGAGCUGAAGCGCAUCGUCGAGGGCAUUCUCAAGCGGCCGCCCGACGAGCAGCGGCUGUACAAGGAUGACCAACUUCUGGAUGACAGCAAGACCCUGGGCGAGUGUGGCUUCACCAGUCAAACAGCGAGGCCACAGGCUCCAGCCACCGUGGGGCUGGCCUUCCGGGCAGAUGAUGCAUUUGAAGCUCUGCGCAUUGAGCCCUUCUCCAGCCCUCCAGAGCUGCCUGACGUGAUGAAGCCACAGGACUCAGGAAGCAGUGCCAAUGAACAAGCCGUGCAGUGAAGGCCUGGGGCCCGCUCCUCCCCAGGGCUCCAACCUCCCCCCUCCCCAAAUAAAAGAGAUUUGGGUGUCUGCCUGGUUGCUGCCUCUUUAUGCGCACCCUCUCCUGACUCCAGGCAUCAUCCUCACCAGGGUGGAGCUCAUUCCUUGCAAGACUCCUUCCUUCCCAGCCCUCUCUUGCUUGCAGGCUGGCUUGCUGGACCACAGGCUCUCUGUGCUCAUCAAUCCAGCCCCAGCCCAGCCUGUCUCUCAAAGGCCUUGGGGAAAGAACUGGGAGAAACCCAGAGCCCUAGGGCUAGUCUUUUUCAGUCUGCUCCUGUGGGAAGGGGGGGGUGGGGGGGGGCUGGCUGCACACACAAAAAAUUGUUCAUUCCCAAUAAAUAGUCCCCUUUGCUGCUUCCCCCUCCACCUCCGCACACUGGCUUCCAGGCAGGUGCUUCUUUCCUGCUCAGAGACCAGAAGCGAAAGUGUAAGCCAGAACCAGUUGUCUUCAGCAGUCUAUGAAGAACCCUGUAGUUGGUCACUAGAAGGGGCAGCUCUUCUCCCUGCCCUUCUCCACCCAAUAAAGACUCUGUACAC